AUGUCACUGAAUGGGUUGGACCAUGCGACGAUCCGCGAGGCGCACGAGGCCGCUGCCGCCGAGCCUGGAGGAUGGUUCCUCCUCAAAUAUGCAAGUCGCGACGAGAUCGAUGUCUAUACCCGGGGAAGUGGUGGCAUUGUUGAGAUUCGUAAUGCCAUUGCGAAGUACGAGGAGCAGUCGCCGCUGUAUGGCUUUCUCAAAUACAGGCGGAGGAAUGUCAUCUUGAAGUACCAGCCCGAAUCCUGCUCCAGGCUUGUCCAAGCCCGUGCAGCAGUCCACUUCAAUGCCGUGUGUGACAGGUUCUCACCGUACGACACGACGUUUGAGAUGGCAGAGGCCAAGGAUCUCAAGGACACAAAGCUCUCGGCCGCUUGCUCCCUCCAUACCCAGUCGGGCUCAACUUCGUCGUCAACAAGCUCACUACGUCGCCGGAGGUUAAUGGAGAUCACGGAAGAAGAGGAGGAAGAAAGAGAACGGAAAAGACAGUCAGUAGAUACGGGGAUGGGGGACAAUGGCGCUCCUUUAUCAACAACUGAACCUCCGGUGAUUUUGGAUUCGCAACAAAUCCAUGCACCCCAAGAAACGAAUUUUGCCUCGACUACUGAACCACCCACAUUCAGUGGCGGGUCACGUCCGACCUCACCUACAAAAUCAGAUUGUGACUACGGCGACCGCUUAUCCUCGCAGUCAGCCCGUCCUAACUUGUAUAGCUACUCUAGCUACACGUACGGUAAGCCCAAAGUGAGACUCGCCCCUCGACCAUCUCUGGAUAUCAACAAGAGGCCGCACACAGCGGGCAACUUUAGGCCCGUUGCCACUGUCCCGGCGGGAUUCAAAAUUUCUUCAAAGGGUUCAAAGAAAGGCAAGACGGACGACCAGACACCUGAUGAAGAUUUGGAAAGCUCCAAGCAUGCGACGAAGGCUUCGCAGGCAAUUCCCGAACCGCACCAAGACUCAUUACUACCACCACGACCUGCCACAAGCUCUGGAGCUUCCAUGAAGUCGGUUUCAUCGAUUACGUUAUCGACGAUCAAGGAGAAUAAGAUGACACCCGAGAAGGCGCGUCUGAUGAAGGCGAUGAAGUUGAGGCAGCAAAAGCAAAAGAUGAACGUCAUAUCUGACGAGACAGUACCGGCCAACGAUGCGCCGAGGCCAGAUGAAGAUCUGGACGCAGCUACGGCAGAACAAGAGGAGGCAGAAGACAAGCCAGCGGACACGUUGAGGUCACAAGUGGACGAUGCUGGGACGGUUUCAAAUGCGGAUUCUGGUAUCGCUAUUGACUUUCCCACACCCAUGACCGUUGAUGCCGAAGCGCACACAGAAGACACAUGUACGGAUUCGCGCCCAGCAUCUCCCACAGCCGCUUCGUCCGAGAUUGGUGAUUCCACGAAAGCAUCGUCAUUAUCCGAGUCCACCGAUGAGACCAUUCAGCAUGCCGGUAAGGAAUCUGAUGGGGAGGAAGAGGACAUCGACAAUGAUGCGCCAGAUGUCCCAGAGACCCUUCGCAUGGUCGUUGAAGAGGCGGUGACGAGUGAUGAUCAUGUGGAAACUACCCCACCGGUCCCCAUUCCAGAGCCCGUUGAAGAACCUAAGAUUCAAACAAUCGAGGGGUCCGAUAUCCUAGUGCAAGAAGAUGCGCCGGUCGCUCAGGAAUCUCUGGAAAUUCUAGAGACAAAAAAACCGACCACAACAUCCAAUUCUCAUGCUGUCCUCGAGUCCACGGAGGAGAGUAGGGAAGCGAAUACGGAUGCGGCGCGGGAAGAGACGACACGGGAAAUGAAAUUAGAUGUUCCUACGCAGGGAACUGAACUGCCUCCCAAGGAAGAGGCCGCUUCAGCACCAUCUCCUUACGACAACGAGCCAGUAAAAGUAGAGCAAGGAGCGGGUGUACCUGUCGCGAACUCCGAGGUCUCACCGCACCCGGCACCAAUACCGGAAAAGUCCUCGACGCGAAAGAUUCUUGAACCUAUUAAGACCGACUUGGCCAAGAACACACCUUUCUCCGAAGUCUCGGACCCGCUGCUCGAUGACGAUGCACUCCUCGAUGAGUUACAAGCCGCACGAGUCGAAGAAGCAGUCAUGGUUUCCUCCAAGUCGCCCACCAAAUCCUCGUUCCCGCCCUUGAGCCCCAUGACGUCGCAGAGUGGGACAAAGACGCCGCCGCUGCCACGAUCAGUUUCCAACCCCAUGCGUGGCCCGCUCCUGGCCCCGGCUGACAUCAAAUCCAGCUCAGCAAGGAGUGUCUCGGCAGGAGGCGCCGCUUUCCUACACAACGUGACUCGGCAGUCGUCCAAUGCCGGACUGCAGGCCAAGAAGAACAAUCUGGGCUCUAGCAUCUCCCAGCGCAUCAAGGCGUUGGAGCAGCUUUCUGGGAAGCCUAAAAACGCCGAGGAACCGCGGCCGAGAUCAGCAACACCGUCUUCGACUUUUUUCACCGUUCGUAAGCAGAGCGUGCGAGAUGGGUCCAAGUCGCCCUCGAUUGUGGACCGUGCAAAUUCUAUGACGGGCUCUAUGACUGGAACCAUGGCUGGCAGGGCUCCAACCCCGGAUCAAUCUAGAGAAGCUUCUCUGGAUAACCCCAAUGCCUCCGACAGUCGGAGGAGGUCCGGCUCAGUGGCAAGCAGACUUUCCAUGUUCGAAGUCCCGGCGGUCAACGGCCCCGGGGGUCGACCAGAAUCCAUUCAAGUCAUAGCUCGGAUCGUGAGGGACCCGAAUCAGUCUUUCCCUUGGAAACCCGAGGUUCGCAAAGAGCCCGCUGACUUCGCCACGGCUGAGCUGAAGCAAUCGCCCUUGGUCAUUGAUCAUCAGAGGGCUGAGCAUGUUCCGCCAAGUACACCUAUUCCCGAGCCGCAGCUCCCGAUCGUCGAGGCACCCAAGGAAACCAUCCAGGAGAGGCGCUUGUCCAAGGAUAGGAAGUCCUUGUCGGAGGACUGUGCCGAUGGGAAGAAGAGACGACCUUCAUUGAGUAUUGUUAAGGACUUUAUUAAGGAUCGCCGUGUUUCCCUGUCUACCAAAACUCUCUCGACCGACAAUCUAGGGGCUGUUUCUCCAGCACCGACCGUGGCCAAAUCCCCUUCAAGGCCACCAUCAGCCCACCAUCCUAGUGGGACAAGCAUUGCGCGUCGUCUUUCCAUCUCUAGCCGACGCUCAUCCUUUAACAAGGAACGUGAUGGUCCCACUCUCAUGUCUCCCUCGGCCUUGAACGAUGCCGGCUCUGGCGAUGAUGACAAGUCGAGCCUAAAUAAAACCAAGGGUCGAGCCUCGCGCUUCAUGCGCCGCCUGUCCAACUCUUUCGUUGGUGCUAGCCGUAAGAACACUACCCCGAGCAUCUCACCGACGGUUGCUGAGGAAGAAGCCGACUCCGCCCCUGCCGCAGCCGCGGCCUCAAAAGUUGUAUCCAGUCCAGACUCGUCUGCGUCUAACGUCUCGGCGUAUUUAGGCGAAGUGAACGUGCAAUUCCCGGAAAACCUGCUCUGGAAGCGUCGGAGUAUGUGCCUGGACUCGCAGGGCUUCCUGAUCCUCAGCGCUGUGCAAGGAGGGCCCUCAUACGGGAAGGAAAAGACCGGUGUGAAGCGCUACCAUCUCAGCGACUUCCAAAAGCCAUACGUACCCGAUGUUGAGUUGCAGGAACUACCCAAUAGUGUUGUUCUAGACUUCGUCGAAGGUUCUGGACUGCAAAUUGCUUGCGAGGAUAGACAAGGGCAGCUUCAUUUGCUGCACAUCCUCGAAGAUGCGCAUCGGAGCCACUCGUCAUUCGGGCAAUAA